AUGGGAGAAGGACCGAUUAGAAUGGUUAUAGAUGAGAGUAUAAAAGAAACAGAGGGUGAUGUUCCAGAAAUUAGUUACGAAGAAAAAUUAAAAUACACAAAUCCUAUCGCCAAACCUAUGGCUCCAAAAAAAUUAACCAAAAAAAUUUAUAAAUGUAUUAAAAAAGCUUCAAAGCAGAAAACAUUUCUUCGAAAUGGUUUAAAAGAUGUCCAGAAGCACCUUCGCAAGGGAGAAGUAGGAUUGGUAGUCUUUGCUGGUGAUGUAUUUCCCAUUGAAAUUAUGUGUCAUUUACCAAUUGUGUGCGAAGAUAAAAGCAUUCCAUAUUGUUACACUCCUUCAAGGCAAGAUAUUGGUAAUGCUAUGGGUGUGAAAAGAGGAAGCUUAAUGGUACUUAUUAAGGAACAUUCAGAGUACAAAGAUCUCUUUGAGGAAAUCAAAUCUUCAAUGCUAAAUUUAUCAACACCACUAUAG